GACCGCGGCGCCUGGGGACGCCGGCGCGCUUCGCUCUCCAGGUGCUCCGCCUGGAAAUGUCUCCAUUAGUUGUCGCUUGCUCCCCGCCGGAGCGCGCGCGCCCAGCGGCCGCGCAGAGCCCUAGCGGGCGGCCAGGAGUGGCCCGGCACCACCUCAGGUAGGCAAGGUCCCCGCACCCGCCCCCGCCCCAGGGUUCCCAGACCCCUCCCCCCAUUUCGAGGAGGCGGAGGAGGCAGAGGCUCCGCGCGGCCGCCGUGGGGCGCGGGCGGCGGCGGUGGCGGUGGCGGCUGCGGCGACUCCCCGGUGCGUCCCGGGCUGCGCGCUGCUCCCGGAGGCCCUGGCGUCGGAGCUGCACUGGCCGGCUCUUUCCCAGCUCAGAGCCUAGGAGCCUGAAGCCCCGAAGCAGUGACCACACCGUGCACAGGACCCCAACGGCCCCUCCAAUCUUCCUAGGCCGUGCCCGCCAUGUCCUACCCGCAGUUUGGAUACCCUUAUUCCUCUGCUCCCCAGUUCCUGAUGACCACCAACUCCCUGAGCACGUGCUGCGAGUCGGGCAGCCGCACACUGGCUGACUCCGGGCCUGCGGCCUCGGCCCAGGCGCCCGUCUACUGCCCUGUCUACGAGAGCCGGCUGCUGGCCACCGCGCGUCACGAACUCAAUUCAGCCGCUGCGCUCGGCGUCUACGGGAGCCCCUACGGCAGUUCGCAGGGCUAUGGAAACUACGUGACUUACGGCUCCGAGGCGUCUGCUUUCUACUCGCUGAACAGUUUCGAGUCCAAGGAUGGCACAGGAUCUUCACACGCUGGCCUAGCACCCACCGCAGCUGCAGCCUACUACCCUUACGAGCCAGCUCUGGGCCAGUACCCGUAUGACAGGUAUGGAACCGUGGACAGCGGCACACGGCGCAAGAAUGCAACCCGAGAGACCACCAGCACGCUGAAGGCCUGGCUGCAGGAGCACAGGAAGAACCCGUAUCCUACCAAGGGAGAGAAGAUCAUGUUGGCCAUCAUCACCAAGAUGACCCUCACACAAGUCUCCACCUGGUUCGCUAACGCGCGCCGGCGCCUCAAAAAGGAAAACAAGAUGACCUGGCCACCUCGAAAUAAGUGUGCAGACGAGAAGCGGCCCUAUGGAGAGGGUGAGGAGGGGGAGGCUGUCGAGGAGGAGUCACGGGAGGAGCCUCUCAAGAGUGCCAAGAGUGAAGGUCCCGUUGGCAAAGAUGACAAGGAGCUAGAACUCAGUGACCUGGAAGAUUUCGACCCUCUGGAUGCAGAGACCUCAGAGUGCGAUCUGAAGACGCCCUUCCAGCCCCUAGACAGUGGACCAGAGAGGAUUCCUGCCUCAUCCGAUGGCCCUGGCCCUGGCCCUGGCAAGGAGGCCUCCGCCACACUCCGGAUGCCUCUGGGCACCACUGGUGGAGCUGCCAUAGAUGAGGACCUGGAGAGGGGCCGGAGCUGCCUCCGGAGCACAGUGGUUGCGCCAGACUCUGGCUCCGAGGGCGGCCCCCAAGCCAAACUGAGCUUUGCAGCGGCAGGGGCGCCGCCGAGCCUUGAGACAAAGCCGCGCAUCUGGUCCUUGGCGCACACAGCCACUGCUGCUGCAGCUACAGCUCUGAGUCAGACUGAGUUUCCCUCCUGCAUGCUGAAACGCCAAGGUCCCACGAGUGCAUCCUCGGCGCCGCCGUCGUCCUCACCUGCAGUCUCAGCCCCUUCAGGAGUCCUGGAAAGGCACCAGGACUCCCCAGUAACUAGUCUCAGAAACUGGGUGGACGGGGUGUUUCACGACCCCAUCCUUAGGCACAGCACUUUGAACCAGGCCUGGGCCACCGCUAAGGGCGCACUUCUGGAUCCCGGUCCUCUAGGACGCUCUCUGGGGGCGGGCACCAACGUACUGGCUACGCCCCUGGCUUGCUCCUUCCCGCCCGCGGUGUCCCCUGACGCUCCAUCUGCGGGGGCUGCCCGGGAGCUGCUGCCUACGCCCAAGGCCGGGGGCAAACCCUUCUGCACUUAACACCCACCUGCACAGUGGAGAAGGGAACUGGCGCUCAGGCUGCAGGCGCUGACUCUGGACUGUUUUUAAUGGGUUUCCAAAGGAAGGCGGGCAUUUCCAAGCCAAGGAUGCCAACCCAUCUGAGGCAGAGGAUUUGAACUCAGGCUCCAGAGCUAUGGAAGAACCCUCUCGCAUUCUAUCACCAGGAUUCACCUGAUCUUGCGUCCACCUGAGCCAUCCCUGAACUCCAGGAAGACAAGAGAGUAUUCUCAAAGCAGAGGGGAGCCCCCCUGAAGAAUAAAGUUUACAUCCAAAGUUUACAUAGAGAAGGCAUUUGGGUCCUGAGGCUUGUUCUGUGUUGCUGUCUCCUUCUGGGUUUGAGGCAUGCCGGUGUUCGUUAGGAAGACUCCUCAGCCAGCUUCUCUUCGGACUUCAUCCUCAGCACAUAAAGCUCACCAACAACACUUCCACCGUGUUUACACUGUUGCACACUGUUGAGUCAACAAAAUUAUGUUUUCUAAGAUGUAUAUUCACACCAGUAAUUGCCUGUUUCAGAGAGAGGCUAAUACAACAAAACUAAUAAAUUCCCGUGAUGGUGUUUGCAUUGAAGAAGG